AUGGAACAAAAGAAUGUGGUCGUGAUAGGUGCCGGAGUUGCCGGGCUUACCACGGCUCUCCUCCUGUCGAAGAUUCCUGGCUAUAAAAUUGUUGUCGCCGCCAAGCACAUGCCCGGAGAUUAUGAUAUCGAGUAUGCAUCGCCCUGGGCGGGAGCAAACUAUUCCCGUCUACAAAGCGUCUCUAUCCGUGGCACUCCAGCCGCAGAAUGGGACAAACUCACUUGGACAGUCUUAGAGGAUCUAGCGCGAAACCAUCCAGAUACAGGUGUGCAUUUUCAAGAAUGCGAGAUUCAAAGUCAUGCUAAAGACGUCGGUACAACAACUGCAAAGUGGUUUGCGGAAUUGCUAUCCACUAAUCCAUGGUUCAAGGAUGUGGUGCCGAGUUUCCGAUCACUUCCUCAAGACCGGCUACACCCCGACUUUGAUUCCGCUACUGCUUUUACUUCGUUCUGUAUUAAUACCGCUAUAUAUCUACCAUGGCUUGUUUCCCAGUGCUUGAGACAUGGGGUCAUCUUUUGCCGCGCUGUCUUCGCACAUAUCCUGGAUGCAGCCUCUCCGUCCUUCCACCCAUCCGGCCGGGUUGACUUGGUGGUGAACUGUACAGGAAUUAUGGCCUCCAAGCUCGGAGGGGUUGAGAAUAAGACUGUGGUGCCCGCCAGAGGUCAGAUUGUGCUCGUCCGAAACGACGCUGGUAAGAUGUUGGACGUUUCCGGGACAGACGACGGGGACGGAGAGGCCUGCUACGUUAUGACGCGCGCAGCCGGUGGAGGUAUAAUUCUGGGAGGGUCGUACCAGCUGGGUAAUUGGGGGUCACAGCCUGAUCCAAACCUUGCAAUAAGGAUCAUGAAGAGGGCUGUGAAGAUGUGUCCGCAGUUAACGGGCGGCCGUGGAAUCGAGCAUCUCGAUAUCAUCCGCCACGGCGUCGGAUUGCAACCUGUACGAACAAAAGGUGUGAAAAUUGAGAAGGAGCGUAUUGGGAAUAUAGCUGUUGUUCAUAAUUAUGGGGCCGGGGGAGCCGGAUACCAGUCAUCGUAUGGAUGUGCCCAGGCAGCGGUGGACUUGGUUGAGGAGGUUCUGGGAGUGCGACAUAAGCUUUAG